AACAGUGGCCACUGGGCAGAGCAGGGCAGUCAGGAGGAAGGGCAGCUUGGCGGGCUCAGAAUGGACCCUUUUGUGGACGUGCUGCGGCGGCUGCGGGAGGCCUUCAGGUCCGGGCGGACGCGGGCAGCUGAGUUCCGGAUCGCACAACUCAAGGGCCUGGACCGCUUCCUGCAGGACAACAAGCAGCUUCUGCAAGAGGCUCUGGCUAAGGACCUGCACAAGUCAUCCUUUGAGUCAGAGAUUUCGGAGAUCAGAAUCACACAAGGCGAGAUUAACCUGGCCGUCAGGAACCUGCGGGCCUGGAUGAAGGAUGAGAAAGUACCCAAAAAUGUGGCCACACAGCUGGACUCAGCCUUCAUCAGGAAGGAGCCCUUUGGCGUGGUCCUCAUCAUUGCCCCCUGGAACUACCCCUUGAAUCUGACGCUGGUGCCCCUGGUGGGUGCCCUGGCUGCAGGGAACUGCGUGGUGCUGAAGCCGUCAGAGAUUAGCACAAGUGUGGAGAAGGUCCUGGCCGAAGUGCUGCCCCGCUACCUGGACCAGAGCUGCUUCGCGGUGGCGCUGGGCGGGCCCGAGGUGACCGGACAGCUGCUGGAGCAAAGGUUUGACUACAUCUUCUUCACAGGGAGCCCCCGUGUGGGCAAGAUUGUCAUGACCGCUGCAGCUAAGCACCUGACCCCCGUCACGCUGGAGCUGGGGGGCAAGAACCCCUGCUACGUGGACGACGACUGUGACCUGCAGACUGUGGCCAACCGCGUGGUCUGGUUCCGCUGCUUCAACGCUGGCCAGACCUGCGUGGCCCCGGACUACAUCCUGUGCAGCCGUGAGAUGCAGGACCGCCUGGUGCCUGCCAUGCAGAGAGCCAUCACCCGCUUCUACGGCGACGACCCCAAGAGCUCCCCGGACCUGGGCCGCAUCAUCGCAGACAAGCAGUUCCAGCGGCUGCAGGGCCUGCUGGGCUGUGGGCGUGUGGCCAUCGGAGGCCAGAGCGAUGAGACAGAGCGCUACAUUGCCCCCACGGUGCUGGUGGACGUGCAGGAGACGGAGCCCGUGAUGCAGGAGGAGAUCUUCGGGCCCAUCCUGCCCAUCAUGAACGUGCAGGGCCCGGAUGAGGCCGUGGACUUCAUCAGAAGGCGGGAGAAGCCCCUGGCGCUGUACGCCUUCUCCAACAACCGCCAGGUGGUGAAGCGGGUGCUGGCAGGGACCAGCAGUGGGGGCUUCUGCGGCAACGACGGCUUCAUGCACAUGACGCUGGCCACUCUGCCCUUCGGAGGAGUGGGUGCCAGCGGGAUGGGCAGGUACCACGGCAAGUUCUCCUUCGACACCUUCUCCCACCACCGCGCCUGCCUGCUGCGCCCCCCGGGGCUGGAGAAGAUCUACGCUAUGCGCUACCCACCCUACACCAGGCGCAACCUCAGAGUGCUGCAGAUGGCCAUGGAGACCCGCGGCUGCAGCUGCACCCUGCUCUGA